AUGGACAUCAACACCACAGUCAGCAGGAGACCAGACAAACUGGACAUCAACAUGACAGUCAGCAGGAGACCAGACAAACUGGACAUCAACAUGACAGUCAGCAGGAGACCGGAUAAACUGGACAUCAACAUGACAGUCAGCAGGAGACCAGACAAACUGGACAUCAACAUGACAUCAGCAGGAGACCGGACAAACUGGAUAUCAACACCAGUCAACAGGAGACCGGAUAAACUGGACAUCAACACGGUAGUCAGCAGGAGACCGGACAAACUGGACAUCAACAUGACAGUAAGCAGGAGACCGGAUAAACUGGACAUCAACAUGACAGUCAGCAGGAGACCGGAUAAACUGGACAUCAACAUGACAGUCAGCAGGAGACCAGACAAACUGGACAUCAACAUGACAGUAUAA